ACCUGCACUCCUGGCCACUUGUCUCAGUCUCAGAGCAGGAAGUUUGGCCUCCAUCCAUCAUGACGACUUACAGCGACAAAGGAGAGAAGCCUGAGAGAGGCCGAUUCCUGCACUUCCACUCCGUGACCUUCUGGGUUGGCAACGCCAAGCAGGCUGCAUCAUUCUACUGUAGCAAGAUGGGCUUUGAACCCCUGGCCUACAAGGGCCUGGAGACAGGUUCCCGGGAGGUGGUCAGCCACGCGAUCAAGCAAGGCAAGAUCGUGUUUGUCUUCUCCUCCGCCCUCAACCCCUGGAACAAAGAGAUAGGCGACCACCUGGCAAAACACGGCGACGGAGUGAAGGACAUUGCAUUUGAGGUGGAAGACUGUGACUACAUUGUGCAGAAAGCCAAGGAACGGGGUGCCAAAGUCGUGCGGGAGCCCUGGAUAGAGCAAGAUAAAUUCGGGAAGGUGAAACUGGCCGUGCUGCAGACGUACGGGGACACGACGCACACCCUGGUGGAAAAGAUGAACUAUACCGGCCUGUUCUUGCCUGGAUUCGAGGCCCCCGUGUUCCUGGACCCCCUGCUUUCCAAGCUGCCCAGCUGCAGUCUCGAGAUUAUCGACCACAUUGUGGGAAACCAGCCUGAUCAGGAGAUGGUGUCUGCCGCUGAGUGGUACCUGAAGAAUCUGCAGUUCCACCGUUUCUGGUCCGUGGACGACACACAGGUGCACACGGAAUACAGCUCUCUGCGCUCCAUCGUCGUAGCCAAUUACGAGGAGAACAUCAAGAUGCCCAUCAACGAGCCGGCGCCGGGCAAGAAGAAGUCCCAGAUCCAGGAAUACGUGGACUAUAACGGGGGCCCUGGGGUCCAGCACAUCGCUCUCAAGACCCAAGACAUCAUCACAGCGAUUCGCCACUUGAGAGAGAGAGGCAUGGAGUUCUUGGGUGUUCCAUCCACCUACUACAAACAACUGCGGGAGAGGCUCAAGUCUGCCAAGAUCCGAGUGAAGGAGAACAUUGAUGUCCUGGAGGAGCUGAAAAUCCUGGUAGACUACGAUGAGAAAGGCUACCUCUUGCAGAUCUUCACCAAGCCCAUGCAGGAUCGGCCCACGCUCUUCCUGGAAGUCAUCCAGCGUCACAACCACCAGGGUUUUGGAGCUGGCAACUUCAACUCACUGUUCAAGGCUUUCGAAGAGGAGCAGAACCUACGGGGCAACCUCACCGACUUGGAGACCAACGGGGUAGUGCCGGGCAUGUAGGCCGCGGGUGGACCUACAGUAGAGGCCCCGCCCACCUGCGGGCGACCAGUGGGCCACGCUCCCAGUCCUGGAACACGCCCACCUCACCCCUGAUCCAGAACUGCAAGCCCUCCUUACUGGCCUCUCCCUUUAGACCCCGCCCACCAAUCCGGAGCCCCAAGGCUCUGACCACGCCGCCACCACCCCCUGGAAUAAAGCGGACCGGGGUCCCUUGCGGGGCCGUGGUGUUUGUGCCUGGCUG